AUUGAUAUGCUUGGCCUAUAGUGAACUGGAAAAGCAAAAGUUAAAUUGGACUAGUGUGACAUUCAUCUCAAAUAAAACCAAAUUAUACGUAUGCCUCAUACCUUUGAUGCUUAUAAAAACACAACUCCCAUUCUCUACUACCCCCCAUCUUCCCUUUAUCAAUCUAUCAAACUCAGAAAAAAAAGCUUGCCUUCCCAAAAAUGAUACUUCCAGUAAAGAGCAUGCCAGAGACGUGGAGCGCGGUCGGGUCCGCCCUCGUCACCUUCAUCUUCUUCUGGGACAUGUUCCGGCGGUACUGCCCACCGGGGCUCCAUCGCUACCUCGAGAAAUGCACCGCCAGGCUGUCCAGAUUCUUGAAUCCAAACAUCCAGGUUUCCAUCCACGAGUACACUGGAAAUCAUCUCCGGCCUCACGAGGCCUACAGCAUCGUCAAUGCAUAUCUGAGUUUGAAUUCCAUUGACGCCAAACGGCUCAAGGCUGAGAUGGCGAAAGAGAACGAGAACAAGCUAAUGCUGAGCAUGGAUGAGUACGAGGAGACAGCAGAUGUGUUCAACGGAGUCCAGGUGACAUGGACCGCUGGAAAGGUCUCGACUCCUCCACGGACCGGGGGGUUUUCAUACUACCUGGAGCCAGACCGGAGGUUCUACAAGCUCAAGUUCCACAAGUGCUACAAGAAGAUGAUGACGGAGGAGUACCUGGAGCAUGUGAUCAGAAAAGGGAGAGAGAUCCAGGCGAGGAACAGGCAGCGGAAGCUCUACACCAACGGCCACAGCAUGUCGUAUUGGAGCCAUAUCGUGUUCGAGCAUCCGGCCAAGUUCGCGACUCUGGCAAUGGAGCCGGAGAAGAAGGAGGAGAUCGUCGACGAUCUGCUGACUUUUACAAAGAGUAAAGAUUACUAUGCAAGAAUAGGCAAGGCGUGGAAAAGGGGUUAUCUGCUGUAUGGCCCUCCUGGAACAGGGAAAUCUACAAUGAUCGCAGCCAUGGCUAACUUACUCGACUAUGAUGUUUAUGAUCUCGAGCUUACAUCAGUGAAGGACAACACGGAGCUCAGGAAGCUUUUGACAGAGACAACCACAAAAUCAAUUAUCGUGAUAGAGGAUAUCGACUGCUCCCUCGACUUGACAGGCCAAAGGACGAAGAAAGAGGAGAAACCUGCAGAGGAGAAGCCUGAAAAUGUCGAGAAAAAGAGUUCACGUAAAGAGAAGGAAGAGAGUGGCAGCAAGGUCACUCUGUCUGGUCUGCUGAACUUCAUAGACGGCCUGUGGUCUGCCUGUGCAGGGGAGAGAUUAAUAGUGUUCACAACAAACUAUGUUGAUAAGCUCGACCCAGCUCUUACAAGAAGGGGUCGAAUGGACAAACAUAUCGAGCUAUCUUACUGCAAAUAUGAAGGAUUUAAAGUGCUCGCGAAGAAUUACCUUGAACUUGAUGGACAUCCAUUGUUCCAAUCCAUUGAAGAGCUGAUCCAGGAGGUCGAGAUAACACCAGCUGAUGUUGCUGAAAACCUCAUGCCAAAAUCUGCAAAAGAAGGGCCGGAGCAAUGUCUGCAAAAUCUCAUAUGCAUUCUUAAGGAAACAAAGAACAGAAAAUGCAGAGAAGAUAAAGAUGCAGAGACUAAUGACGAUGCAGAGACGAUCAAGGAUGCAGCUGCUGUACUAGACACACAUGCUAUGUAAUCAGUGUGUAAUAGUAAACUGGUUAAGAGAACGCAGUAGAGACACCAAUGACUCAUAAUUCACCUGAGACACUAAUUAUCUCGACACUCAGCAUGAUGACAUCUCAGUUUCAAGAAGCUUCAUACUAGCACGGAUGUAAUCAUAGAAAUGUAACACAGAGCCAAGGAGUCAAAUAAAAAGCGAAUUCUUUUGUUGCAAAUA